GCGGGGCGAUGAGCCGCUCGGAGCCGCGCUCGGUGGCUGUCGCCUCGGAUUGAAUUUCUGCUCGGAGCUGCUCGGAUUUCUUCCCCACCCCGGAGGUCAGGUUGACAGGCUCCGGUCCGCAGAGCCGCACUUUGCCKGGAAGUUUCCCCCAGCAGCGSAGCUCCACCGGCCGCGGCGCGCCGGCGCGGACAGCCGGAGGACAUGGAGCGGCUUUAGGAGGAGAUAAAGCCCGGAGGAGGGAACCUCUUCAGGCCGAACAGGAACCAGGACCACGUUCAAGGGAGCACCGGGAAGCCGGACCUCGUCCUUCUCCUCCGGAUCCGAUGGCUGAAAUGCUGAACCCGCCGGCCCUGCUGAGCAUGCCCCGGAGCCCCACCUCCAGCGAGGACGAGAUGGCCCAGAGUUUUUCCGACUACUCCGACGACGGCGCCUCCGACAGCUCCCGGGAGGAAACCAUCUACGAGACGAUAAGGGCGACCGCCGAGCCGCCGCAGAACCACAUGGACGACAUCCAGUCCAACUCGCAGGUGAUCCAGGUCCUCAUCCCCGACCUGCAGCAGACGAAAUGCAUGCGGUUCAACCCGGACGCGACGGUCUGGAUCGCCAAGCAGCGGAUCCUGUGUUCGCUCAACCAGACGCUGAAGGACGUCCUGAACUACGGCCUCUUCCAGCCGGCGAGCAACGGGAGGGACGGCAAGUUCCUGGACGAAGAGCGCCUCCUCCGAGAAUACCCACAGCCAAUCAGCAAGGGCGUCCCCUGCCUGGAGUUUCGCUACAAGAGCCGAGUCUACAGACAGCCCAACAUCGAUGAGAAGCAGAUCGCCAAACUUCAUACCAAGGCCAACCUGAGGAAGUUCAUGGACUCGAUUCAGCAGAACCAGGUGGACAAAGUGGGGAAGCUGUUGGAGCGAGGCCUCGACCCAAACUACCACGACGGUGAAACUGGAGAGAGCCCGCUGACGGCGGCGGCCCAGCUGGACAGCGGCGUGGAGAUGAUCAAGGUUCUGAAGAACGGAGGAGCUCAUCUGGACUUCAGGGCCAAGGACGGCCUGACGUCCCUCCACAAAGCCGCGCGCGCCAAGAACCAGCUGAUCCUCAUGACGCUGCUGGAGCUGGGAGCGUCUCCAGACUAUAAGGACAGCCGCGGCCUGACGCCGCUGUACCACAGCGUGGUGACGGGCGGAGACCCCGGCUGCUGCGAGCUGCUGCUCAGCCAGCAGGCCUCCGUCUGCUGCCAGGACGAGAACGGCUGGCACGAGGUCCACCAGGCCUGCCGCCACGGCCAUGUGCAGCAUCUGGAGCAUCUGCUGUUCUACGGAGCGCUGAUGGGCGCCCAGAACGCCUCGGGGAACACCGCCCUGCACAUCUGCGCCCUCUACAACCAGGAUAACUGUGCCAGAGUGCUGCUGGUCCGUGGAGCUGACAAGGAAGUGAAGAACUACAACAGCCAGACUCCAUUUCAGGUGGCCAUCAUCGCAGGAAACUUUGAGCUCGCCGAACUCAUCAAGAACCACAAAGACUCUGAUAUAGUGCCUUUCCGUGAGGCUCCAGCCUACUCCAAGCGCCGGCGGGGUCCGUCCUCUGGCAGCGGAAACGGCCAGUCCCCGUCCUCGCUGUCGGCGCCCCGGGUCCUCCUGCGCUCCAACAGCGACAACAACCUUUCUGUGAGCCAGUACCAGCAGCAGCAGCACGGUUCCCCUGGAAACUGGGCCCCCCAUCUGCAGCAGCACCAGAGCCACCAACACCGGGCCCCCCAGCAGGGCCACGCGCAGCCUGGCUCCUCAGCUUUGCACCGCAGCCUGUCCCCCCAGCUGGUCCAGCAGAUGCCCAGCGGCAGCCCCAAUGGCAACGUGGUGGUCCGCACUAUGGGGCGGGGGGCCAGGAGCCGCUCCCCCUCCCUCAGUCGGCUGGGCGAGGAGAGCCGGCGGGCUCACACCGCACAGCGCCAGCCCAGCCCCAGCGGUCACGGCGAGGCGCCCGGCCCCAGGAGGAAGCUGUACAGCGCCGUUCCAGGCAGACAUUUCGUGGUGGUUCGCUCUUACUCCACCCAGACUGAGGGAGAAAUCAACCUCUACAAAGGCGACAGGGUCAAAGUUCUGAGCAUCGGAGAGGGGGGAUUCUGGGAGGGCAGCGCCCGCGGCCAGGUGGGCUGGUUUCCGGCCGACUGCGUGGAGGAAGUCCCGGCCAAGGCCACCGAGGAAAGGACCUAUUCCCGAGCGGACCGGGCCGACAGACGGAAACUCUUCAGACAUUACACCGUGGGCUCGUACGACAGCUUCGACGCCUCCAGUGACUGCGUGGUGGAUGAGAAGACGGUGGUGCUCCAGAAGAAGGAGAAUGAGGGCUUCGGCUUCGUCCUGCGCGGGGCCAAAGCCGACACGCCCAUCGAGGAGUUCACGCCCACGCCGGCCUUCCCGGCGCUGCAGUACCUGGAGUCGGUGGAUGAGGGCGGUGUGGCCUGGCAGGCGGGGCUCCGGACGGGCGACUUCCUCAUCGAGGUGAACCAGGAGAACGUGGUGAAGGUGGGCCACAGGCAGGUGGUCAACAUGAUCCGCCAGGGAGGAAACCGGCUUCUGAUCAAAGUGGUGACAGUGAGCCGGAAUCUGGACCCCGAAGACACGGCGCGCAAAAAAGCUCCUCCGCCGCCGAAGCGAGCCCCGACCACCGCCCUGUCCAUGCGCUCCAAGUCCAUGACGUCAGAGCUGGAGGAACUCGUGGAUAAAGCCACACUAAGGAAAAAGAAAGGUGAUGCGCAGAAGAAGAGGAUUGUUUUCCAAGUGACUCUAAAUAAAGUGGAAGAGAUGACGCACGCCCAGAAGAGCUCACCUGUGGACACGAAGAUCGCCACCAUCAAACCUCGACCCUCCAGUCGCUGCUUGGUCACUCCCACCGACAUGAAUUCCAUGUAUCACGACCGCCAGGGAGUAGCAGUGGUGCCGCCCACUGUGCCGGGAGCCUACCUGGGGAUCCCAGAGAAGGGCACCAUGAGGAAGCAGAAGUCUAUAGGUACGUCGGAGGAUGAUAAACAGGGACUCCUUACGCCUCCCCUGCUCAAGUUCUCCCGGAGCCUCUCGAUGCCUGACACCUCAGAGGACAUCCCGCCUCCCCCAGCGAUUUCUCCCCCUUCACCACCUGCCUACAACUCGGCUCCCGGACCUACAGCCAAGAACUACGGCACCACUCGGCCGAGCUUCACCCAGAACUCGCCCAACGCCGUGACGACCAUCAGCCGGACCACCGAUGUCGGCAGGUUACGGCGUGGAUAUUUCCGCCAGAGCUCUGAGCAGUUUGAGAGCACGCGCAUUAGAGGGCGCACACCUGUACCCGAGAACCCGUACUCCGAAGUCGGCAAUAAGACCCUAUAUGUGCCAGCGAAACCAGCUAGAAGGAAGGGAAUGCUGGUGAAGCAGCCAAAUGUUGAGGACAGUCCAGAGAAAACGUGUCAUGUGCCAUCUAGUCCCUCAGGCCCGGUUUCCAUGCCAACCACACCUGUCGAAAGGACCUGCUCCUCCAUCCCUAUACCCACCAUCAUCGUUAAAGAACCUUCCACCAGCAGCAGUGGCAAAAGCAGCCAGGGUAGCAGCAUGGAGAUUGAACCCACUACGCCAGAACAUCCGCCUCUAACGCCCUCCAUUGGUGGGAGCGGAGGGUUGCGUCCUGAGGACCCGCUGUCUCUUAACAACCCGUUCGCAGCAGCUAUUGCCGGAGCGGUGCGCGACCGUGAAAAGAGACUCGAGGCGAAGAAACACUCGAUCGCUUUUCAGUCAAUAGACAUAGGAGAUGAUGAAAUGAGUGGCCCUGCACCGACUCCUCGUCUUCGCCAGUCCAAGUCCAUAGAUGAAGGCAUGUUCAGCAGUGAUGAGCGCCUUCGACGGAUAUUGGCUCCUCCUUCUACAGUGCAGCUUGGACGCCCUGUUGGUGGUGGCAGUGGAAAUAUGACAGAUUUCAACACGCCUGAGCCCACAGUGGUUCGGGAGCCUCUGAACACGAGAACAGGCCAGUGUCCCAAUCUGGACAGUCCAGUGAGUCUCCCAGCCACUCCUCCUAAGAGCCACUACAAGGCUAAUGGGACCUACCUCCAUCCUGUCACUGGUAAACCUUUGGACCCGAACUCUCCUCUGGCUCUGGCUUUGGCAGCUCGUGACCGGGCCAUGAAAGAGCAACAGAACCACCCUCAGAAUCAGCCAAUAAAUCCUCCUCAGGUUCAGCAAACCUCCAAGCACGAAGCCCAGUCCCUGCCACUUCAGCAGAGUCAUAAACCGGACCUCAACCAACCACUUUUUAUUGACACCAAACUACGCUCGGGGAUUGAGACCAGCUUUGCAGCGAUCUCCUCGGCCACCAUGGGGCGGCCGGGUCGAGGUGGCCUCCGGCGACAGAUGACAGAGCACAAAUAUGAGUCUGACGGUGCGCGGGAGCAGCGGCAGCAUCAGACCGUCGAGGAGAGAAAAAGCGCGCCAGCAAACGUGGCAGACUCGUCGCAACCCAAGUCAACUGGGCUGUUGAUGGUCCACACGAGCACAGACACGACAAACAACAAGACGAACAACCAGGAGGUAGAGGUGCAGGAGAGCAACCGACCCUCUGAGCUGAAGGACCCUAACCAGCCUGACCCUCACAAAGUCCCAACCCUUAUGUCCAAUCCUCAGCAAGCUGCCUCACGGAGAAGAAGUGUUCCUUUAGGAGAAUCUUUGGAAGAACCAGUGAAGCUGCCCUUCCGCAUCCCCCCUCCACCRCUAGCAUCAGUCGACAUCGAUGAGGACUUUGAAUUUUCAGAGCCUCUUCCCCCACCRCUGGAGUUUGCUAACAGUAUUGACAUUCCUGAUGACCAGGCCAGCGCCAUUGCAGAAAUGAUUCAGAAACAGAGACGGAAUGGAGGACCUGGUUUACCCCCUUACCAUCCACACGCCCCUCCAUCUGUCAGUGAUCACCACAARCGCGUGUUAAACAACAUGCCCCCCUCCUACCAUCCAGCUCCACCUGAUACAGAGUCCGGGGUGGCGGAUUCUGGCAUCGAGGAGGCAGACAGCCGCAGCAGCGGAGAUCCUCAGCACAUGGAAACCACCAGCACUGUCUCCAGCAUCUCCACCCUGUCAUCAGAGGGAGGCUUCUGCGACAGCACUUUGGAGAGUCUCUACGCCACCGCAGAUGGACACGCCUUCCUGGUGGACCGGCCCCCUGUCCCACCCAAACCCAAGGGCAAGUCCGUCAUCAACAGAACAUCGCUUUAUCACGAYGCUCUCAUUGAAGAGCCCCCUGAGUCUUAUGGGUCGCCGCCUCAAGCRCCUCCCCCUCCCCCUUCAUCUUCUGAGCCUCCUAGGACUCCUUCACAAAGGACAUCCAAGCUGUGGGGCGAUCAGCCCCCCGAGCUACGCAGCCCCCCAUCCACGCCAGACUCCAAGAACACGGUGAUUACCGAGCUCAGCUCYAUCCUGCAGCACAUGAAUCGCGACAGGCCGACCAAGCCAGGAGAGGGUCUCGACUCCCCCACUGCKACCAGAGGGGGCUUCACAUCCAGCUCCUGUCUCCUCAUCUUCAUUUCCCCCAGUGUCCUGUUGUCCCUUCACUUCUUCUUCUUCUUCCUUCAUGCCCCCCAGUGUGUCCCACCUCCACAGGUAGGUCCCAGCAGCUGCUCAGCGCCUUCCUUUGUUCAUGUCCAGACGCUCCACUGAGUUCACGAUCUAAAGUAUAAAAACAAAAGUUCAAUGAACUUCAUGCAAACACACAAAGUGAAAUAAGUACUGACACCUUCACUGAUUUUCUAAGUAAAUAUUUUACCUAAAAAUGCUGUUCACAUUAAAUCAACAGCAUUUUGGUAAAAACACAAG